CUAAUAAAUACCCUCCUCCUCCAUUCAGGCUCAUCAGCUCCAUUUCUCCACACUCCCUCUUCACUGCAAAAUCUCAGUCCUUUCUAGCUGCUGUAGUACUACUAGCUACUACAUUUGUAUUCCUUCCUGAGCCUUGAAAAGAAAGAAACUCAACUUGCUGGACACAGAAAAGGAAAGAUUGAUCGAUGAUGAUGAUGGUAUUGCAGAGGUGGUUGAGAGAGAUGAAUCAGGUGUGCAGCAAAUGCAGAGAAGCUGCAGCUUCUUUGUGGGGUUUUGGAGGAUUGACGAUGGAGCCUCCACUUGGAGGGAUCCUGGUUAGCGUCCCAGCCUUACUAACCAGCAUUCUCCUCGCUUCCUUCACCUGCAUCAUUGCAUUAGGAGGUGCUGUGGUGGGAACAGUGUUGGGAGCCAUGAAGGGCCAGACGACAGAGACAGGCUUCCUCCGCGGCUCCAUCAUUGGCGCGGUUGCUGGCGCCAUUACUUCUGUUCAGCUCCUCGAAUCCGUUGCCGACGGCGAGCCCCUGUCCAAGGUGGCGUUACUGCACAGCGUGGUGAGUGGGAAGGUGUUCAUGGAGUGGGUCGGCCCAGCUGUGCUGAAAGCCUACCAGUUUCAGAUGAUGGCCAUGGAAACCACCUACAGAGAAAUGGCUGCUGACAUCUACGACGACACUGCUGCUGCAACUACUGGCCUGCCUCAGCAUUGCAUCCAAGCUCUUCCUCACUUCACGUUCCAGAAAUCGAGCAGACCGCUGUGCUGCUCCAUCUGCCUGCAGGACGUGGAAGCAGGGGAGGCGGGGAGGGAAGUGCCCAGCUGUGGCCACUGCUUCCAUUUGGAGUGUCUUGAUAAGUGGCUGGUGAGGAACGCGUCCUGUCCUAUGUGCAGGACGGCUUACGUCUGUAGUAGUGAUAGUAGUAGUAGUGGUGACAACUUUGAUGAUCAGUUGUAGAGAUGGUAGGGGAAUAAGCGAGAGAUGGACAGAUGGAGAGUUUUCAUGUCAGCUUGUAAUCUUCCUUCCAUUCACAAACCUGGAAAGCGAUGGCAAAAAAUGGAAACCAGCUAAGGGUGUUGUUUAGUUGAAGUCAUUUGAAACAGAGUACCAGCUUACAAUCACUUGAAAAUGAACAACCAAAUUAGCAG